AUGGCUAUGGAGGCGACGACGCAGGCGAUGAAGAGCUUGAAGCAGCGCCUAGGAGAGAUCGAGGCGCUGGGAGGAAUGGGCAAUCUCCUCUUCUGGGACAAGCAGGUAAUGCUCGCGGCGGGAGGCCAUGGCGCCAGGAAGAAGCAGAUGGAGACCCUCGCGCUCGUUGCCCACGAGCGCAGGACGAGCAAGGAGCUGGGGGAUUGCCUGGAUGCGCUCCACAAGCAUCCGGAUCUGCGGGCUGUGCUGUCGCCAAUGGAGGCCGCGACUGUGAGGGAGGCGAGGAGGGACUACACGCGCGCGACGAGAAUGCCGAAGGAGCUAGAGGUGAGAUUGGCGGCUCUGCGAUCCUCCGGCUACGAUGCGUGGAGCAAGGCUCGCGAGACGAGCGACUUCCAGAUCAUGGUACCGGCGCUCGAGGAAUGGCUGGAGGCUCUCAAGGAGGAGGCGGCAGCGGUGGCUCCCGAGAUGCGUCCCUACGACUACUGCCUGGACAAGUUCGAGAGGGGCGCCACGGUCGAGAAGAUCGACGCCAUAUUCUCGUCGAUCAAGCAGCCGCUCAUCGAUCUGCUGCGAAAGGUGGUGGCCGAGAACAAGAGCGUGGCAAUCCCAGGCUGGAGCGAGCUCAAGUUCCCGCUGGAUUCGCAGAAGAAGCUCGGCGAGAAGAUCGUCCGGGAGAUGGGAUUUAAGCUCGAGAACGGCCGGCUGGACAACUUUGGCGGCCAUCCCUCGACGACUCCCAUCUCCAGCCCGACCGAUGUGCGCCUCACCACUCGCUACCUCGAGGACAACUUGAUGUUUGGGAUUGGAGCGACGAUCCACGAGGCCGGGCAUGGAUUGUACGAGCAAGGCCGGGACUUGGAGGCCUCGGAGAACGGGCUCAUAGCCUCCGGGCCCCCGAGCUUGGGACUCCACGAAUCCCAGUCGCUGCUCUGGGAGAGAUCCGUGGGACUGAGCCGCGAGUUCUGGAGCCACUACUGGAGCCGCGGCGUCGUAGAGGCCUUUCCGGAGCUGGAGAGCUCGCUGGGGAGGAUCAGCCACGAGGAUUUCUACCGCCAGAUCAACGUGGUGAAGCCCGGCUUCCAGAUCAGAGUGGACGCCGACGAGCUCUCGUAUCCGUUGCAUGUCCUGCUGCGCUACGAGAUCGAGAAGGGGCUGUUUGACGGCAGCUUGAGCGUCCAGGAGAUCCCGGGAGUUUGGAAGGCCAAGAUGGAGGAGUACGUUGGCGCUGCUCCAAAGGAUGAUGCCGAGGGGUGCUUGCAAGACGUGCACUGGGGGAUGGGAUCUUUUGGUUACUUCCCAACUUAUGUGAUUGGAGCGAUCUAUGCGUGCCAGAUCUUUGAUGCUGCGGACAGGGAUAUGGGUGGCGAGCUCCGGCAACAAGUUGGAGAGGGAAGGCUGUUGCCACUGAGAGAAUGGCUCCGGGAUAAGAUCCACAGGGUUGGGAGUGUGUAUGAGACUGCGGAGGAGCUGGUGGAGCUGGUCACUGGCAAGCCUAUGGAUACGGGGUUGUAUUUGGGCCAUCUUACCACCAAGAUCCCGAAUACCAUACUUGCGCUCGGUCCGGCAUUCGUUUUCCAGCCAUGCCCUGGUUCCGCUGGGUUGUUCCUUGGCCUUUUUCAAGAGUUUCUGCUUCUCGUGGGGAAGGGUCUUAAGACUAGCUUGAUCGCCACGCUGGGCUCAGCUGCCCUGAAGUUAAGCAGGACCAUUUCCCAGUCUCUCUUUUCGUCCAAGUACUUCUCUGCUUUCCAGUUUGGCUGGACAUUGGGUGAGCUGCCCGACAACGGGUUCACGUUCAAGCACAAGCUGGGCACCAAGGUUGGUGGUGUGCUCUUCGACAGCGAUGGCGUCUGGUACUCCUCAGUAGACCUCCUCAAGAGAACUAUUACGUGGCCAAAGACGACAUACAGGCAGCUCUUGCCUGAACCCUUGGCACCUGUUAUGAUUAACCCACGGAAACCGUAUCAUCUCAUGGAGGAAGCAUAUUCCGAUCGACCACAAAAGAGAACUCCGGAGGUGGCCGGUGUACUGGAAAUGGCACCCUCCACCCUAAACUUCCGCCAUUGA